AUGAUCACCACAGCACGCGAUGGCGUCAUAUCAGCAAUUAACAGCACCUCAGCAACUGGUGAACUUAAUUGUUCGGUUGGAAACUACCGCAAUAAUUCCAGUCAUGAAUGUUACGAGGUAACUCGCGAGUUUUCGUGCUCCGAGGAUUCAGACUGUUCGGAAAUAAGAAACAACAGUCAUUGUUCAGAUAGCAAAUGCGAAUGCAACAGCGAGUACAUCGGUAUCCACAAUGAUACCGAAUGUGUAUUAAUCGAAAUAGAGAUGUUCUGCAAUUCGGAUGACAUCUGUCGAAAAUAUUUUGCAUACAGCAAAUGCUAUGAACACAGAUGCGAGUGUUUGGAAGAUUUUGAGAUUGAUGAUAGAAAGAUGGAAUGCAUGGCGCGUUACGAUAUGAAAGAACGCUGCUUAAGCGACGUGGAAUGCAUCCAGCGCCUGAACCACAGCUCCUGCUUCGAAAACCGAUGCACCUGUCUGCCAGACUACAUCUCCAAGAACAUCUCCAUUGGAAACGUCACAUAUGAGGACUGCGUUCUUAGGGCGACAUCUAACGACCUUGUAAAGUUCGAAAAUAAAAACUGCUCUGUGAUGAAUAACGAAACUGAACUUCUGUGGGACGAUAUUUUUGAGUGCAUAUGCGAAACCGGUUACAUCCCUGACUUUAACUCAAGUGAUGUGCCGAUAUGUGCUCCCAGGACUUUAUCACACAACGACAACUGCACGGAUACUUUGCAUUGCAACGCCACAAUAACGAACGCCAUCUGCCUGAACAACAAGUGCGUCUGUGACUUCAACCAUACACCUGUCAGCGACCAUCAGUGCAGAAAACGGCGUCUGUACGAUUACUGCCUCUCCGAAGAUGAAUGCACCAACAUACACAAUCACAGUCAGUGCGUUAAUGACACAUGUCUCUGCAAAAAAGGCUACCAAGCUAAUGAACUGUUGGAUUCCUGCGCGAGACGAAGAGUGGGCAUGUCCAGCUGUAAUCACGAUAGGGACUGCCACCGAGCUGUCAACAACAGCAUGUGUUCAGCUGCAAACAUAUGUCAGUGUCAGUUAGGAUACAAUUCAGUUGACGGUGGCACUGUUUGCAGGUCGGUUCGAAUAUUGGACAACUGCAGCAACGACGAGCAUUGCUAUAUAAGUGUUGGCAACAGUUUCUGUGGUGGAAACUUCACAUGUGCCUGUCUUCUUGGCUACGUUCCGGAUGAAUCAUUAACAAGAUGCCUUAAAUUAAAAAUCAACGACGGAUUUUGUGGGUCAGAUCUAGAAUGCUCUACUGCCGUCAACAACAGCAUCUGCCUCAGCGACACCUGCACGUGUGUUUCAGGUUACGCUGUUGGUCCAGAUCACGACGCUUGCAUCCGUCGGAAGUUGGGCGAUCAAAACUGCUCUACGAAGCCUGACUGCAGUGACGCCAUCUUGAACGGCAACUGCUCGCAAGAUGGCGUCUGCGUGUGCGACACAGGUCACUACUCAGUCGCGAACGAAUCGUACACCUGCACGCGACGAAUAUUGAACGACAACUCGACAUGUUCGGAAGACAUCGACUGCAGUUCUGUUAUUGACUACAGCGUUUGCGACAACAGCUCGAGAUGUCACUGUGUUCUGGGUUACAUCGGAUCCCUCAACAACAGCUACUGUCAGCCCAGAAUCCUCAAAGAUGUCUGCCAGAUAAAUGAAGACUGUAACACUACAAUCGAGAGCAGUUUAUGUCUCAAUGAGAAAUGUGCCUGCUUGUCUGGCUACACCAACGUCAGUGCAUCGUUCUGCAGGAAGAGGGUGGUCGGAGCUGACGACUGUAACGAGGACAGGGACUGCUACGAUGCCGUUCGUAACAGCAUCUGUGAGUCGGUCAGCAAGCAUUUUGUGUCGGAGCUUCAUUUCGCCGUUGGCAAUCCAAGGAGUAAUAGUAAGAUGGAAAGUAAUGACCGCCAAGACGGAGAUGAAAAUGGCGGCAGUAGUAGUAGUAACGACAGCGACUGUACCAGCAACAGCAGCGGUAGUAUUGGUGAUAGUAGUAGUAGCAUUAGUAGUAGUAAUAUUAACAAUAGCAGCAGUAGAAAUGCAAUCCUCAAAAUGAAAAGAUGUUUCUGUCAACUUGGACAUUAUGAAGAACAGAACGGAACAGUCUGCACCAGAAGAGUGAUAGGCGAUGGAUGCAAGGAGGACACGGAAUGCUACUACGCCGUCAGUCACUCCAUCUGCGACACCGUCCACAAGAACUGCACGUGCGACUACGACCACAUGGUCGAGUGGCCCGUGGUUACUAAGUGUGUCGACAGACCUGUCAUCGAGCAGUACAAACCUGACGAAGUUCUGAGAACAUUCCGGACGACCAUGCAGUGUGGCAGGGUCAACAGGUAUCACAAGUACUCACAACAGUGUGCCAGGACACGUGCAUGUGACGUUGGAUGGAAGUACAGAGGAAUGUAUGACAGACAGAUCAAUGAUUGCUUUCACAUAACCAUCCUCCUCAUGCCAGAGGCCAACGUAUACAAAGUGAGAUUGAACAGUUCCAUGAUAGUGGGCAGGUAUGAGUUGGUGCCUCUGAAGUUCAACAGUUUCACGUACACUUACAACAUCACGUCUGAUUCUUACUGGGAGAACAACUUGAGGAUUGGUUUCUACGGGGUGGAUAUGAUCUUGAGAGAUUGGGCGGGUAAGAUACCCGACGGCGUUCUCACCAGCAAAAAUUCAACGUACGUCAACAUCGCAAGUCGAUUUCUGUCGAGCAAGAUUUUGAACUUCAAGGCCAUCCCUGACGGAAUACAGACGGAGAUUGCAGUUCACUUUAAGUUGAGUGUGGAAACCUCCAUCACUGACAUGAACCUCCUCAAUGAAAUGCUGUUCAUCUACCUCAACAUUUCAGAAGGACAGGUGGGCCUCUCCAAGAUUUACACCACCAAGCCGUACCAUCUGAAUGUGCGCGUUGAAGAUUUCGAUGAGUGUGACAAUUCGCACUCAACGAAAGAGAAAAACUCGCUGCGAUACGAUUGUGACCUGAACGCCAUCUGCAUCAAACUCGACGGCUACUACAAGUGCGUCUGCAACAACAAGUUCACUGACGUUAACAUGGACGGCAGGACAUGUAAACAUAAAGACAACGUUCUCUUGCAGUUCGAAAUCAACAGGGUACCCUCUGAGUGA